AUGACAGUUGUGGUAAUGGCUUAUGGCAUGUAUGAUGAUCUUCAACCAUCGAUUUCUUUCGAUGAUUAUUAUUGUCAAUUACGUUCUUAUGUAAAUUAUGUUUUUAUUUGUGCUUUUUAUUAUUCAUGUUUGUUACAAGCAAUGUUUCGUUUAUGUCGCGUUGUUUUUCAAAAACGAAAAAUUUUACAAUCACGAACUGUUUUCACAAUAGCAAUGAUUAUACAAUGGCUUGUAUCAAUUGUUUAUAUACUUGCAUAUCUUCUUUUAAAUGAUUUUCAAUAUCAUCCGGAUAUAAGUAGUUGUUGGCUUUCUUUUAAAAAUAUUUGUGGACUUUCAAUUGCUAUGGUAUUCGUAUAUGGUAGUCCUCUAACUAUAAUGACUUUAAUAUAUGUUUGUAUAGUUCGAUUUAUUCGUCACACAGUUCAAACUCAACAAAUACGAAAUAAUGCAAAUAAACGAGAUUUACUUGUUGUUAAACGCAUUAUUAUUCUUGUUUUUAUUGCUAUGACAAUAGGUAUACCAACAUUAUUAAUUUUUAUUGUCUACAUGAUAACUAAUUAUUUAACUCCAUUAGCUUAUCAUAUUCAAGCAUUAAGUUUAACAUGGGGUCUUGUUGCUGCAUCGAUUGCUAUGGGAUUUAUAACACCACAAGUACGAGAAAUUUUUAAAAUGAAUCGACAUAUUAAUCCUACAACACCUAUGGAAAUUGCUCUAGAACGAAAAGAAACAACUUUUUAA